UAUUAUUAUAAAACAUCUUAUAAAAAUGAAUAUCCAAUUUCAUAACAUCACCUUUAAUUUUUCCAGAGAGUUCAGGGGUAACUUCGAGGUAAAAUUGGAAGGUAACGAAAUACUCACGAUUAUGCACCGAGUUUUUCCGAAACUUUCCGAAGUCAUCCCGGAAGAGCUUUCAAAGAUGGCGACUACAGAAGAGUCCGUUGUUUCAGGAAGCAUUCCACAAAAUCCCCAAGAAAGCUAUGAAACAGAUAAAGACACCGCACCUGAAGAGCUUCAAAACACAUAUCGUUCCAACCAAGACUGUGUAGAUAAUGAAAAUUCUUCAAUUUCCCAAGAAUCAUCUUGCAAUUUGGAUAACACACAAGAAGAUGAGACCCCUCAUAACAAUUCACACCUGCAAACAUCUGCUCUGGACACUCUUGUCCAGACUGCCUGCCAAAGUCGUGACAGUACCAACCAGGAAUUCACCACCCAUGAAGACCACCCAACAGACCAAAGCCUGAGCCAAGACACACACGAUGACGAUGGACCCAGUUCCUCAUUACUUGAGGCUGCCAUAGAGUCUGUGACCUCUGCCUCUACCCUAACUCAUAAUUCCCUGAAUGAAAGCUUUGGUGGCUCCAUUGGUGCAAUGUUCGAGACCAAUGGGCACCAAGAUAUGGAGGAAUCUACAGAUGGAAGCAUGUCGAAUCUGAGUAUUCCAGUCAUGGCUGCUUACCAUGAUGUGCAGCAGCAGCUGGGGAUGGAAGGAAGUAUGAAUCCUGAAGCCAAUGAGGAUGAAUCGGGAGACCUUGGGAAUGACUUGAGAAAAAGUGAUCGCAAGAGAAAGCCUGCCAGAUCGAAAUCCCCUGAAAACGUGCCCAAAGUCAAGAAGAAAAAGAGGCGUCCACGUCAGCUUAGCACAACUGUCAGUCGUCUUCCUGAGCAGCCAUUCAAAUGUGACCUGUGUGAAUCCCCUUAUGUCACAAACCCUUCAAGGCGUGGCAACCGAUUAAAGACAACCCCCCAGCAGCCCAGCCCACGGCACAAAGUGGACCCGCAGACUGGCAAGAGGCUGACUCUUUGCAAUGCAUGUGGAUUGUCGUUUGGCCGUCCAAAGAAGCUCCCCAAAGAAUCCAGGAGCCAGGUGAACCCUGAGGAGAAGACUAAGUAUUUGGAGGAAGCUCGGGCUUUUGCUUUAUCCCUGGUGGACGGGCUGGGGGACCCGGAUGCCGAAAGACUUGCUUGCCCUCAUUUCAAGACCAAGCCUUGCGGCUGUCUACAAACGUACAUUCUAGGAGAAGGUAACGACUUCACAGAGUCCCGCGGUCGUGCCGCUGACCUACUGCAGCUUCUGAAGAAAGCCAGGGAGCUGAGUCAAUUGAAAUGCUAUGACGUCACAUCUACCGUCACUAAGACAACCACAGGCGGGAAAUCUAAACGUGUACGGAAUAUUGGGCUGGGCAAUGGUCAAAGGAAAUCCAAGGAAUACGAAGACUUCGUGCUGGAGAAGAGAGUCUACCUACGCGACACAAUCAAACUUUGCGAGCGAGCCACUCAAAGAGUCCUUCUUUACUCCAACAACUUUUUACACAAAAAACUCAAGACUGAUCCCAGCAAAUCUGUACGGAUAAAGCGACAAAAAGGAAAAGCCGCGCUCGGUAAACUGAAGCCUCUUGAGGAACUACAUAACGAGAGGUGCUGUGUUGACAACUGCGUAAUGAUCGUUCUGACGCACCUCAAGUUAAUCCAGAACUGGCGCGAUCGGGCCACCUCCGGACAGACGGAAGCUCGCCGAGUGCUCGCCGAGAUGCUGACGCCGUCGGGCGGCGCUCGGUCCAACUGUUACAAGUUCAUCUCGUGGGUGACGGGCUGUAGUCAUAGCACCAUAGGACGCGUCAACGAGCAAAUGAAGGAGACAGGUGGGGUUCGCGAUCCUCCUGUGCACGGACUCAUAAAAUGGUGGCAAGAGCACCCCAAACCGAGAAAACCCAAACCUGCCAAACCGGUUCCGCAACAGGUUUCACAGGUUGAGGCCGUACAGCAGCUGGCUCUUCAGCAGAUCCAACAAGUCAAUCCACAGAUUACAAGCCUUCUACAGCCAAGCAAUAGCGGAGCCGCCCUAUCUGCUAUCAUAAUCCCCUCUUCUUUAUCAACAACUUUACCCAUGCCAACAACGUCACCCAUGACAACGCAGCUGGCGCAGUCUCAGCUGCCCACGGUCACUCUGACCAGCGGUGGAACGAUUCAGCUGCAGCAAAUAGCGAACCCUCAGCAGGUCCAAGCGCAGUUACAACAACAACAGUCGCAGUACCAACAGCAGAUACAACAGCUGCAACUACAGCAGCUACAGCUGCAACAACAGCAACAGCAGCUACAGCAACAACUGCAACAGACCCAGCAGCAACUGCAACAGGCGGCGCAACAGCAACAGCUGGCGCAGAACUUCCAACAAGUGUUCAGCCAGGUACAGGCGCAUGCAACAACCUCGCAACAGACCACGCAACAACCACAGGAGUUGCACGUGGUGCAGCAACACUCGCAACUUAGGGCGGCGCAACCGGAUGGAGCGUCGCCACAGGGAUCCCAGCCAAGCGUCUCCAACAAUGCUCUUUCCAACGUUCUUACUGUCACUAUCCCUGCCCACUUAUCCGCUUCCCAGGCAGCAUCGCUGACCACGGACACGUUCUUGACUUCCGCUGACGCGUUCCAACUGUUAAGCUCUGUGUCGGGCGUGCAGCAACAGGUGGUGACUAUACCGGUAGUCACCUCAACCGUCGAGAAUGCGAUGCAUUAGAUAGUUUUUUGUGAGACAUCUAUUGACGGUCGACUUAACAAUCUCACGAUAAUUGUUGCGUGACACAUCGGCUGGUCACCGUGCCAAUGGCACGAUCAGUGUUGCGUGACGUAUCUUACGGUCAUUAUGACAAUGUGACGAUAAUUGUUGCGUGACACAUCGGCUGGUCACCGUGCCAAUGGCACGAUCAGUGUUGCGUGACGUAUCUUACGGUCAUUAUGACAAUGUGACGAUAAUUAUUGCGUGACAAAUCGGCUGGUCACCGUGCCAAUGACACGAUCAGUGUUGCGUGACGUAUCUUACGGUCACUAUGACAAUGUCACGAUAAUUGUUGCGUGACACAUCGGCUGGUCAACGUGCCAAUGACACGAUCAGUUUUGCGUGACGUUUCUUACGGUCACUAUGACAAUGUCACGAUAAUUGUUGCGUGACACAUCGGCUGGUCACCGUGCCAAUGACACGAUCAGUUUUGCGUGACGUAUCUUACGGUCACUAUGACAAUGUCACGAUAAUUGUUGCGUGACACAUUGGCUGGUCACUGUGCCAGUGACACGAUCAGUGUUGCGUUACGUAUCUUACGGUCACUAUGACAAUGUCACGAUAAUUGUUGCGUGACACAUGGUUGUUUAGGGGCGGAUCUAGCUUUUUGCUAAGGAAGGGAUGGGGGUGGGGGUGGUUUUUCUUCUUUACUUUUCAUUACAUUGAACCCUCGUAGCGUAGAACGCACUGCCAUAAUGCAAACCAUAAUAAAGUUACCCCUUCCCCACCCCCGUAGAUCCGCUACUGUGGUCAGUUGUGUUCAGAAAGCCAUAGCAUCAAAGAAAAUUGCCCUCGCCCCCCUUUGUCACUGAACCAACCAUCCCCCCCUUAAGCGAAAAGCUAGAUCCGCCCCUGAUAAUUUAUAUAGACGUGACUUGAAUGACAGUACAUUAAAAAAGCGACUCUUAUCAAUUUCCCUCUACAAAGAAAGGCUUCUUUUCAAAGUAGAUUUAGUGGGUUUAAACCAAGAGACUUCAAAAUGGGCGGCGAUCAAAAAUGAUUUAUCUUAAAUUUUCUUGACACUAAGGAAAUCCUAUAGAUUGAAAACCAUCACAACUUUGUACUGCUAUUUCUGAUCCUAAAAAUAGAGGUUAUAACCACCCAGUUACUACUUCUAUCAACAUGACUUGCUGUUUGGCUA